AUGCCCCAGAAUGUGGUCCUCCCGGGCCCUGCGCCCUGGGGCUUCAGACUCUCAGGAGGCAUAGACUUCAACCAGCCUUUGGUCAUCACCAGGAUCACCCCAGGAAGCAAGGCGGCAGCUGCCAACCUGUGUCCUGGAGAUGUCAUCCUGGCUAUUGAUGGCUUUGGUACGGAGUCCAUGACCCAUGCUGAUGCACAGGACAGGAUUAAAGCAGCAGGGUAUCAACUAUGUCUCAAGAUUGACAGGGCAGAAACCCGCUUAUGGUCUCCACAGGUGUCAGAAGAUGGAAAAACACAUCCUUUCAAAAUCAACUUAGAAGCUGAACCACAGGAUGUGAACUACUUUGAACACAAGCACAAUAUUCGGCCCAAACCUUUCAUAAUUCCAGGCCGAACCAGUGGCUGCAGCACUCCUUCCGGUAUUGACUGUGGCAGUGGACGUAGCACCCCCUCUUCUGUCAGUACUGUUAGUACGAUCUGCCCAGGUGACUUGAAAGUUGCUGCUAAGAUGGCCCCUAACAUUCCUUUGGAAAUGGAACUUCCUGGCGUGAAGAUUGUACAUGCUCAGUUUAAUACACCCAUGCAGCUGUACUCAGAUGACAAUAUUAUGGAAACACUUCAGGGUCAGGUUUCCACAGCUCUAGGGGAGACACCCUCGAUGAGUGAACCCACAGCCUCAGUACCCCCUCAGUCGGAUGUGUACCGCAUGCUCCAUGACAAUCGGGAUGAACCAACUCCUCCCCGCCAGUCCGGCUCCUUCAGGGUGCUCCAGGAACUGGUGAACGACGGGCCUGAUGAUCGCCCUGCUGGAACAAGAAGUGUGAGGGCUCCGGUUACUAAAGUCCACGGCGGAGCUGGCAGUGCCCCGAGGAUGCCGGUCUGUGACAAGUGUGGGAGUGGCAUUGUAGGUGCUGUUGUCAAGGCCCGGGAUAAAUACCGGCACCCUGAGUGCUUUGUGUGUGCUGACUGUAACCUCAACCUCAAGCAGAAGGGCUACUUCUUCGUGGAGGGGGAGCUGUACUGUGAGACCCACGCGAGAGCCCGUACGAGACCCCCAGAAGGCUAUGACACUGUCACUCUGUACCCCAAAGCUUAA